AUGCCACCAGUCUGGGUGAUUGCUACGCGCGGAUUGCUCCUAUGCGCCGCGCCGGCUUUAGCUCAAGCUACCUUUGUUUUGAAGGAAGACUUUGGCAGCCCUGCGGACUUUCUCGACAAGUUUGACUUUUUCACAGAACCGGACCCAACCCAUGGUUUCGUGGAGUAUGUUGACAAGGCGACUGCUGAAACCACAGGAUUGGUGACCACCAACAAUGACUUCGUGUACAUGGGCGUGGACUCUACGACCAUGGCACCCAAGGACGGUCGGAGAAGCGUCAGGGUCACCAGCAAAGGCGUAUAUAACCACGGCCUCGUCAUCAUCGAUCUCACACACAUGCCGGGAAAUGCAUGCGGAUCUUGGCCAGCUUUUUGGAUGGUCGGUCCCGACUGGCCCGCCGGAGGCGAAAUCGAUAUUAUCGAGGGUGUCAGCCUGCUGGACUACAAUGCCGUGGCCCUGCACACAACGACGGGCUGUACCAUCGACGACAGCGGCUUUACGGGCGAUAUCCAGACGACAAACUGCUACUACAGGGCACCAGAGCAAGCAAGCAAUGUCGGCUGUGGCAUCAAGAUCCCAUCCCCGCAGUCGUUUGGAGACGGGUUCAAUAACGCCGGCGGCGGUGUCUAUGCAACCGAGUGGACGAGCACUGGGUUUAAGACGUGGUUCUUCAACCGCGAUGCUGUGCCCGCGGACAUCACCGCAGGGAAUCCGGAUCCCUUGAGCUGGCCAGUUCCGGACGCGGCAUUUGCAGGGGACUGCAACUUUGAACGACACUUUUGGGACAUGCAGAUUGUGUUUGAUACCACAUUUUGCGGCGACUGGGCGGGUAAUCCGGACGUCUGGGCCAAUUCGGGUAAUUGUGCAAGUCUGGCUCCGACCUGCCAGGAGUAUGUGGCGAAUAAUCCGGCCGCGUUUGAGCAGUCGUACUGGGAGGUUGUUUCGCUCAAGGUCUACGAGGACAGUAAUAGUACGCAGACUGUGGCAGGAGGGGCAUUUCCGUCUGCCCCGAGAAGCCGAGUAAUGAGGAGACUGUCGGCUUGA